AUGAUUAAGUAUUCAUCUUCACAAAAAUGUCAAAAGCAUAAUUAAGAUAUAAUAUUAGUUGCUAACAACAUUUAAAAGUUAUGUAUAAAAUGCAUAACAGAUUUCACUGCCAAUUUGGAGAAUGAUAACAAAACCAUUUAAGAAAUGAUAUUAGUUCCAAAAAAUAUUUCAAAUAUCUUAAAAAAAGAGUCGGAAGAAUUAUAUACAUAAAACAUUGAGAUUUUAAUGAAUUUGAAAAUGAAAUUAGCUAAUUGGCAAUAAUCUCUUUAACAGGCAAUUAAACAGAAUACAAAUAAAAUAGAUAAUGAAAUUCUAUAAAUAAAAGAAAAAAUAAAAGGAAUGACAAGAUUCUUAUUUGAAAUGGAGGAAAAUGUUUAAUUUUAUUCUUCUUGGGACAAUAUUAAAUUAAAACUAUUCAAUUACUCAAAUUUAUCAAAUGAUAUUGUUUAAUCUGCUUAUAAAAUAUUUCAAAAAGAGUAAGAAAAUUAUGAAAAUAUAAUAAAUAGUGCAGGCCUUUAUAAUUCUUAUGAUUUUGUAGAAACUUUAGAUAAAUUAAAUUAGUUUGUUAUUCAUAAUGAUGAAGGAAAAUAAAAUAAAUAAAUUUAUGAAUAACUUUUUGAUAAAAGUAUUUGUUAAGAAGAUCUCUGUCGUUCUUUAAUUUUCAAUUAAGAUUCCUCGAUUCUAAUUUCUGGACAUAUUAGCAAUAAAAUAAGGAUAUAUGAUUUCAAAAAUGAAAAAAUAACAUUAAAUUAAGAACUUUGUGAACAUACUAAUAUAGUACAAUGUUUGUAUUUCAUGAAAGACUGUAAUUAGUUUGUAUCUGGAAGUUUUGAUAAAACAAUUCGAAUUUGGUCUUAAGAUUAAUUUACAACUUAAUGGCAUUGCUCAAAGAUAUUAAGAGCUCAUAUUUCUGUUGUUUAAUGCUUAAUAAUGAAUUUAAAUGAAGACUUAAUUAUUUCUGGUAGUCGUGAUAAUACAAUCAAGUUUUGGAGUAAAAGUAAAGAAUGGAAUUGCAUUUAAACUCUAACUAAUCAUGAUGCAUGGGUAAGUAGUUUAAGUUUAAAUAGUUCAUAAAACUUAUUGAUUUCGUGUCAAUCAUGGGGAAAUAAAGUUUUAGUAUUUCAAUUCGAUAAUAAUUAAUAAUGUUGGUUUUUAAAAUAAACUAUUAUUACAUCUUUUGGGUAUAGUUUAAGUUUUAUAAAUGAUGAAUAAUUUGUUUAUUAACCUAAAGGUUUUCCUGGUUUAGAUAUUUACAAGAUGGAUACAACAAAUAAUAUAUUUAAAAAAGUUGAGGAACUUAAAUUAAAUUCAAUUUGUUAAGAUUAUGAUAAUUUUUAAAUGAAAUUUAAUAAUUCAUAUUUAAUCCACAAAAAUGGUUAAUAUCUCAAUAUAACUAAAAUAGAAAAUGAUGAAUUUCUUUUAGAAUAAGAAAUUAAAUAUGAAACAGAAUAUAUAAUUGGAGUUGUUACAAAUGAUGGAAGAUAUAUUGUUACUUAUGAUAACAAAAGUAAGGAAAUUUAAAUAAGAAAAUAUAUCUAAUGA